AUGUUCAGUACUUUCCAAACAUUUCUAAUUAUUGCAUUUAUUGAACAAUUUUUAACUCAACCUAUCGAUGAAAUCUCUCCAACACCAAAAAAUGAAAAUCAGCAAAUAUGCUUAAUAUGUCAAGAGAAGCAACAAAGAUACGAUGAUGGCGAUGAUGGAGAUGGAAUAAAAAUUGCUCCAUUACUUGAAUAUGAUAAAACAAUGGGAAUUGAUAAUCUUGAUGAAAUUGAAAAUGAAGUAUUACUGAUCAAUUCAACGGCAUGGCUGCAAAAUCCAACUGAUCCAAAAGAUUGGAAAGAUGAAGUAGCGAAGGUUACAGUUUCGAUUUAA